AGCACUUUUUCUGUGUGGUGAAUCGGCUUCGGCUUCUUUCUUUUCACAAUCGUUACUUGCCAUUUGGCAUUUAAUUAUUAACUACUUCACACUCUGUAUACCCUUUUGCCCAUUUCAGCUCCAAGGGACUGCAUCCACAUUCUUGAACUGCCUUAGGACAUAGAGGAGAUUUUCUGCAUUGACCUUGUCUCUCAGGGUCAAUCAAAGGCCUAACUACAAGAGAUGGAUCCAACAGUACCAAUAGAAGAACAAUUUUCCAAGCUACAUCCAUGUCUUCCUGUGAACACUAGAAUUGGGAUAGUAGGAGCUGGUCCAAGUGGCGUAUCAGCUGCUUAUGCACUAGCAAGGCUUGGUUACCGUAAUGUGACCAUAUUAGAGAAGCAUCACACUGUUGGUGGCAUGUGUGAAUCAGUCGAAAUUGAAGGAAAAGUUUAUGAUCUGGGUGGUCAAGUUCUUGCUAAAAACAGUGCACCAGUCAUCUUUCAUCUUGCCAAGGAAUCCGAGUCAGAACUAGAAGAAAUGGACUCUCACAAACUUGCUCUAAUUGACAGCUCCACGGGGAAAUAUGAGGACAUCAAAGUUGCAGACGAUUAUGUAUCUGUGAUCUCACUGACCUUAGAACUCCAGGAUAAGGCAAAAGAUUCAGGUCGAAUUGGAGUUCAUGCUGUGAGUGAGUUUGCAUCAGAUUCAACUCCCGCAUAUCUUCAGAGCCGUGGAUUGGAAUCUGUUCCUAAAUCUGUGGCUUAUGGAUACACUGCUUCUGGUUAUGGAUUUCCUCAAGACAUGCCUUACGCCUACAUUCAUGAGUUCACUCGGACUUCCAUGGCUGGAAAGAUAAGACGUUUCAGAGGUGGAUACACGAGUCUUUGGCAAAAGGUCAUCAAAUCACUUCCAGUUGAAGUUCAUUGCAACACUGAAGUCCUGGCAAUCAAACGAAAUUCUGAUGGUGUUAGUGUUGAUAUAAAAAAUAGCAAUGGAGAAUGCAAAGUCAUGGAGUUUGAUAAGAUUAUCAUUUCCGGUGCCUUUGCUUUUAAAAUUGGAAAAACUUACAGAUCACCUUCUUCAUAUCUGACAGAAUCUGAGACUGAAGUGAUGGAUCUCAAUGAGCUUGAAAGAGAGUUGUUCAGCAAAGUUCAGACAAUAGACUACUACACCACUGUUUUAAAGAUUAAAGGGCUAGAAGAUUUGCCAAUCGGCUUUUAUUACUUCAACGAAUAUAUGGAUGAUCCUGCCACAAUUGGACAUCCUGUUGCAUUGCAGAAAUUCUAUGCUGACACUGACAUUUUCUUGCUGUGGUCCUACGGAAACUCUGCCGAUAUAAAGGGACCAAGCGUCACAGACCUUGCCAUCAAAGUAGUUAAAACAAUGGGGGCAUCAGUCGAAAAGGUUGUUCUACAACGAAGAUUUAAGUACUUUCCUCAUGUUAGUAGCCAAGAUAUGAAGGAUGGGUUCUACCAGAGACUUGAGUCUGAACUUCAAGGUUUGAGGAACACUUACUAUGUAGGUGGUCUCAUGGCAUUUGAACUUACUGAGAGAAAUUCAUCUUAUGCCAUGGCUUUAAUCUGCAAGCAGUUUGCAAAUAACAAUUCUUUGCCAAUGUUUCCAUAUGUCAAGUCUUUGUUUCCAUUGAAAUCAGAUUGCUGGGACAGAAAACCAAAAGAACUAGGUGAACUUCCAGGAGUGGAGGCCCCUGAUCUAUCUACCCUUCCUGAUUACUUGAAACGCUGGGGAAUGCACAGUAGCACACAGAAUAAAACGCUCUACACUUGGAUUAAUGAAACAGGAGCAGUGGUUUGCCAGAGGACUUAUGGAGAACUGCUUGCCAAUGCUUCUUACAUUGCUCAGAAGCUUUUGAGUAGCCAAAAACCAGUUAUUAAGCCUGGCGACAGGGUCCUCCUAGUACAUGUUCCAGGCCUGGACUUUGUUGAUGCCUUCUUUGGGUGCUUAAUAGCUAAAGUCUUGCCAGUCCCGGUUCUUCCACCGGAUCCAAUGCAAAGAGGUGGACAAGCCCUCAUGAAGAUUGAAAAUAUUGCUAAAUCUUGUAAUGCAGUGGCAAUUCUAUCAACUCUUAUUUAUCACUCAGCAGUUCGAGCAGGAUUUGUGAAGAAUCUGAUUUCAUUGACAGGAAAAAAUGGGAAAUCUCCUGCUCGCUGGCCUAAUCUUCCAUGGUUAUACACAGAUACUUGGAUAAAGAACUCCAAAGGCUUACUUCAACAAAAUAUGAAUCAUCAAUCAGAGUGUCAACCAGAUGAUUUGUGUUUUCUACAAUUUACGUCAGGGUCCACUGGCGAUGCUAAAGGUGUUACGAUUACUCACGGUGCCCUCAUUCACAACGUGAAGUUGAUGCGAAGAAGGUAUAAGAGCACCUCAAAGACAGUACUAGUAAGCUGGCUUCCACAGUAUCAUGACAUGGGGCUGAUUGGUGGACUUUUUACAGCUCUAGUUAGUGGUGGAACAGCAGUUCUGUUUUCGCCAUUGACCUUCAUCAAGAAUCCACUCUUAUGGCUUCAGACCAUGAGCAAAUACAAGGCUACUCAUAGUGCAGGCCCCAACUUUGCUUUUGAGCUAGUGAUUCGAAGAUUGGAGUCUAACAAGGAGAAGGUUCAGAACUUUGAUCUCUCUUCCAUGAUUUUCCUCAUGGUUGCUGCUGAACCAGUGAGGCAGAAAACUCUCAAAAGAUUCAUUGAGCUUACUCGUCCUUUAGGCCUUUCUCAAGAAGUGAUGGCUCCUGGUUAUGGCUUGGCUGAAAAUUGUGUCUUCGUCAGUUGUGCAUAUGGGGAAGGUAAGCCCAUCUUGAUUGAUUGGCAGGGAAGAGUCUGUUGUGGGUAUACUAAUCCAGGUGAUGCAGAUGUUGACAUCAGAAUAGUUGAUCCAGAGAGUGGUGAAGAGUUCGAAGAAGAUGGACGGGAAGGAGAGAUAUGGAUUAGUAGUCCAAGUGGUGGAAUUGGGUACUGGGGCAGGGAAGAACAAAGCCAAACAACUUUCAAAAAUUUGCUUAAGGAUCAGCCUGGAAAAAAGUACACUAGAACUGGAGACUUGGGAAGAAUAAUUGAUCGGAAAUUAUUCAUCACGGGUAGAAUCAAGGAUCUCAUCAUUGUUGCAGGACGAAACGUUUAUUCAGCAGAUGUAGAAAAGACAGUUGAGAGUGUAUCCGAGAUUUUACGCCCAGGUUGUUGUGCUGUGGUUGGUGUCCCAGAAGAAGUCUUAUCAGCAAAAGGGAUUUCAAUUCCAGAUGGUUCUGACCAAGUUGGUUUAGUUGUAAUUGCAGAGGUUAGAGAUGGUAAGCCAGUUGAUAAUGAUGUGGUUGAACAGAUUAAAAACCGCGUCACAGAAGAACAUGGUGUUCCUGUGGCUUGUGUGAAGUUGAUCAAGCCAAGAACCAUUAGUAAGACAACAUCAGGCAAGAUCAAGAGGUUUGAGUGCAUCAAGAAUUUUACUGACGGAACUCUGAACGUUGUGCCGGACCCAAUUUUGUCCAAAAGAACACUGUUUAGGUCAUUCACCACAGGGACAUGUAAGGAGGGAAAAACCCCACGACCUGAGCUAGUGAGCUCUCCUAUACAGACUUCUAAAUUGGGCAACAGAGAAAUUGUAGAGUUUCUAAAAGGGCUUGUUUCUGAGCAGACAGGAGUUCCUGUGAAGAAUAUUUCUGCAACAGAGAAUCUUACAUCUUAUGGAAUCGACUCAAUUGGUGUUGUCAGAGCAGCCCAAAAACUUUCAGAUUUCCUUGGAGUGCCAGUUGGAGCGGUUGAUAUAUUCACUGCCACAUGCAUUUCAGACUUAGCAAGCUUCUCGGAGAAUCUUGUGAUGAAGUCUCAACCUCAUCUCUUAAACUCUCCAUCCCAGCUUCCAGAGCCUGAUAUCGAUUCUUCUGAGAUGGUGACAGAAAUUUCCAAGACUCACCAAAUCUACAUCUGGUGCUUACAACUUCUUGCUCUGAUGUACAUUUCCAUCAUGCUAAGCUUUCCUGCUUAUUUAUCAGUUUCUGCUUUUACAAGCUUCAUCUCAGCCAGCCUUGCACCGGUAGAUCAAAUUCACUGGUCAGGUUAUUUAAUUUCUGUGGCCGCAGCUCCUUUUGCUUGGAUGUUUUGCAUGCUUUGUACCUGUACUUGUAUUGCUUUGCUUGGAAAUGCUUUCCUGAGACCAAAUUAUGCCCUUAACCCUGAAAUCUCCAUCUGGUCACUAGACUUUGUUAAGUGGUGGGCACUCUAUAAAGUCCAAGAAAUUUCUUCAAAAGUUUUUGCACAACAUUUGAGGGGAACAGUAUUCCUAAAGUAUUGGUUUGAGAUGCUUGGAGCCAGAAUUGGAUCAUCAGUUUUGCUUGAUACAACAGACAUAACAGACCCAUCUCUGGUUUCAAUUGGAGAAGGAGCUGUGAUUGCAGAAGGGGCAUUGAUUCAAGCCCAUGAAGUGAAGAAUGGAAAGUUGAGCUUCCUUCCCAUUAGAAUUGGUCGCAAUUCCUCAGUGGGUCCAUAUGCUGUAAUCCAGAAAGGAAGUGUAUUGGGAGAAGAAAGUCAUGUGGCAGCACUGCAAAAAUGUGAAGGAGACAAGAUUACGUUUAAAUCUGGCAAGCUUCACAAUAUUCAAAAGGGGGGAAUGCAGCAAAAUCCUAACAUGUCUGAGGCCAUUUACCACUUGAUGGGCAUCUAUGUGGUUGGUUUCCUGAGCUCUCUCUCAGCAGCUAUUGUCUACCUCCUUUUCAUUUGGCUAUCUCAUGAGUCCGCAUCCCUUCAACACUUCUCGUUUCUUUGCAUCUGCGGAGCCUUUCAUUGGAUUCCAUUCACCGUUAUUGUUUAUGCCAUAAUGUUUGCCGGUGUCACAACAAGCCCGGUUAACUUCGCAAUCUCAGUUGCCGUUGCGUACUUAGCUCAUGGCUUGAUACUUGGCUUCCUUACUUGCACUUUGACCCAUUUUCUUUCUGGAAGGGAAGAGAAAGAGCAAUCCCACCUCAAGACUUGGCUUCGCCAUCGAAUUACCAUAGCCUACCACCUUAGAUUUGCCAAGCUCUUGUCUGGAACAGAAGCCUUUUGCAUGUACUUGCGUCUUCUUGGUGCUAAAGUUGGGAAACAUUGUUCUAUCAGAGCCAUCAACCCUGUUUCAGACCCUGAAUUGAUUACAAUUGGUUCUGGCGUUCAUCUUGGUGACUUUAGUCGGAUGAUUGCGGGGUUCUAUUCAUCCGAUGGCUUCACUAAAGGGAAAAUUGAGGUUCAGGAUAAUUCUGUAGUUGGGAGUCAAAGUCUGAUGCUACCUGGUUCUGUUAUUCAGAAAGACGUAAUUCUUGGUGCUCUUUCAGUUGCUCCAGUGAAUUCGGUUCUUCAAAGGGGCGGUGUCUAUAUUGGGUCUCAUACUCCUGUUAUGAUCAAGAACACUAUGCAUGCUUUGGAUGAGAGGAUUGAAGAAAUGGACAUUAAAUAUAAGAAGAUAGUUGGUAAUUUGGCUGCAAAUUUGGCUGCUACAACUUUGAAGGUGAAAUCAAGGUACUUUCAUCGUAUUGGUGUUAGUGGGAAGGGAUACUUGCAGAUUUAUGACAGCAUCAAAGGGUUGCCUGAGCACCAGAUUUUCUUCCCUGGUAAGAGGUACCCUAUUGUAAUCCGUCACAGCAAUAGCUUAAGUGCUGAUGAUGAUGCAAGGAUAGAUGCUCGUGGUGCAGCAAUAAGGAUACUUUCAGAUGAAAACGAACUUGGUAGUAAAUCUUCCCUCCUUGACUUGACACUAAAAACAGGCAAGGCAUUUUAUGCUCGAACGAUUGCCGAUUUUGCAACGUGGCUAGUGUGUGGACUUCCAGCCAGGGAGGAGUUCGUGAAACGAGUCCCUCACGUCCGUGAUGCAGUGUGGAUGUCUCUUCGCAAUGCUAACUCUUAUGCUGAGCUACAUUAUUAUUCCAAUAUUUGCAGGCUCUUGAGGUUCACAGAUGGACAGGAGAUGUAUGUGAAAUUCAAACUGCGACCUUUUGAUGAAAGCAUUAGUGAGGAUUCAGGUAAAGUGGAGCCAAUUGGAAUUCUUCCCCCAGAAACAGGUGCAAUUCCAAGGGAUGAUAAAGACACCCGCCCCUUGCUUUUCCUUGCUGAAGAUUUCCAACGCCGUGUACGUUCAGCUGGUGGGGUGCGCUACAUUUUUCAACUGCAAGUCCGAGCAAUUCCAAAUGAUGAAGCCAGCCGUGAUAUUGCACUUGAUUGCACCAAACCAUGGGAUGAAACUGAAUUCCCAAAUAUUGAUAUUGGAGAAAUUACUAUAGAUCAAAAUCUCACCCGUGAAGAGUCAGAAAGGCUGGAAUUUAAUCCUUAUCUGCGAUGCCAUGAGUUGGAUGUUAUUGGAGCUACAUCAUGCUCCCAGAGUGCUUCAAUUGAUCAUGGCCGUUCAUUAAUCUAUGAAAUUUGUCAACAUUUGCGGAACGGGGAACCACUUCCAGAAGCCUGGAGAAUCUUUAUAGAGCAAUCUGAUGUUAAAGUAGACCUUUCAGGGUGUCCAAUGGCUGCAAUGUUGGAGAAAAAGGAAUCAAAUAAAGUGACUCUAGCAAGGACUUGGUAUCAGACCUCAUGGGCAAUUUUUGCUCAACCAUUGCUGCAAACAGUACUUCCAUAUUUCCUCAUGGGGUUGGUAAUAUUUACUCCUCUGAAUUGGGUCCUUUGCUUGAAGGAAAGCAAGAAACUAUCAUUGCAUUGGUUGCUUCCUUUGGUUUGGGUUUCGUCAGGGACAUUAGCUGCAUUAGCUUGUGUUGUGGCCAAAUGGAUUCUUUUGGGGAAGAAGAAAGAAGGUCAAACAGUGCUGAUUUGGAGUAAGGGGGUAUUCAUGGACACUGUAUGGCAAGCUUUUAAAACAGUAGUUGGGGACUAUUUCAUAGAAAUGACAAGUGGGUCCAUCUUUUUUAACCUCUGGUUAAAGCUGAUGGGUUCAAAUAUUGAAUUGGAGCAGGGUGCAUAUGUAGAUAGCAUGGGAGCUACAUUGAAUCCAGAAAUGGUGGAGAUAGAGAGAGGGGGAUGUGUGGGAAAAGAAGCACUCUUGUUUGGACACAUAUAUGAAGGUGAAGCAGGGAAGGUUAAGUUUGGUAAGAUAAGUGUUGGAGAAGGUGGUUUUGUAGGGAGCAGAGCUAUUGCCAUGCCUGGAGUUAGAGUGGAAAGUGGAGGAAAUCUGAGUGCUCUCUCCCUUGCCAUGAAAGGAGAAAUAGUUAGGUGAUUGUAAAGGCCAUAUAUGCCUAUUUGCCAUUUUGUGCACAUUUGGCUGGUCUUCCCAAUAAAUUACCAGCUUUUUAUGAAAUGAACAAUAAAAUUUUAUUCAA